AUGAAACGUUUGGAUUUGCAAGGAAUUCGUGGCCUCGCUAUUUUAUCAGUGUUAGGUUUCCACUUUUUCCCAAAAAUAUUUCCGAAUGGAUAUUUGGGAGUUGAUCAAUUUUUCGUACUCUCUGGAUUUCUUAUGUGUAUGCUAUUAUCGAAAAGUGAGAAAACUGAACAAUCAACUUGGCAGAUGAUUAUAAAUUUCUAUAUUCGAAGACUUCGAAGGUUACUCCCUCUGUAUUAUCUAAUAAUUUUACUAUCUCUAAUAUUUCUAUACUUCGCUUUUCCGGACACAUCAAUUGAACCAAAUGAAUCAUACGCUAAAAACGCCUUACUAUUUAUGUCAAAUCAAAUAAAAACCAAUGAAGAAAAUUAUUUCGAACUACUUCAAGUGGCAAUCGAUAUUUUCACACAUACUUGGUCACUUUCAGUUGAAAUUCAAUUUUAUUUCCUAGCUCCAUUUAUAUUUCUACUUCCAUUCAGAAAAUCUUCAUUGGUUAUUUUAUCAAUCGCAAGUAUUGCCUAUUUCUAUUAUCUUCCAAGUAGUUCAUCAUUUUUUAGCGUUUUUUCUCGAGUUUGGCAGUUUUUACUGGGGAUGAUAACUUAUAUUUUGAGUGAAUCUCCGGAUAACUCUUACGAGUUGGUGGAAGAUCUUGAACGAAAAUUAGAAAUAGAGGUGCAGGAAGAUACAGCUCUCAGGGAACAACAAGCAUCUCUAACUGGACCAAAUUUGAAAAUAAGUAUUGCAAUUACGGUUCUCGUGUGUUUCAUCAUCUUUUAUCAUAUCGAACUACCGCAAGGCUAUGUUAGGUACUGAAAAACAUAUUACAAAAUUCGAAUAGAACUUGCAGACCCCUUCUUACAUUGUUGACUUGUGCGAUUCUAAUAUUUUCAAACGACGAGAAUAAAUUACUUUCAAAUAAAGUUCUAACUUAUAUAGGUGAUAUAUCUUAUUCAUUAUAUUUGAUACAUUGGCCAAUUUACGCAUAUUGGAAGUUAACCCAGAAUGGAGACCUCGAGAGUUUGUUCUAUUCUAUAAUUGUCUCCAUACUUCUUUCUAUCAUUAUUCACAACUUUUUUGAAAAUUGGUAUCUCGGAUUAUCAAAUCAAAAUAUCGCUAUAUUACUUACAUUUCUCUGUCUUGGGAAUUUAACAAUUCUGAAUCACGAAACACUUCAAAAACAUUCUCCUUUCAAUCUAAACCGAUCAAUUUACCAUAGCCUAGAUGGAGUUACUUCAAAUAUGACACUUGAUGAUGCUGAGAGAAUGAAUAACGAGUGGAUUCUUCAUGACUGGAGAAAUUUAAUUUUUUCAAAAUGCAAUUAUGAAGAUACUAAACCGAUUGGUUGGUGUAGAAUCACUGAUUUUGGAAAUGAAUCAAAAAAUACAACGACCAAGUAUAAAAUAAUGGUCAUUGGUAAUAGUUGGGCAGCAAAUCAUGCUAAACUAAUUUAUCAGGAAUGUGGAAACAAAGCGAAAAUGAUAGUUAUUGGUGCUGGAUAUGGAUGUGAACCACUUUAUGCAUCAUCUCAUUCAGAAAUUUGUAAACCUAAUAUCACACAUUUUCAAAGGCAUGUUGAAGAUUUCAAACCAGAUUACGCUUUUCAUGUUACCCGGUAUGUAAAGAUUCCCUUAUCUCAGCCGAAAAAUACAUUUUUUUUUUCAGGCACAUUUCCUAUGGUGCACCUUAUAAAGGUGAUAUCAAAAACGAUCCGGUUUACAGUUUCAUGUUAAAUCAAACAAAAAUUCUUUUGAAAAAUAUAAAACACAAGUUUUUCAUUCUCAAUGCGAUUCCUUCUGCAAACCCACAAGAGGUUUCAAAAAUAGUGAAGUACAUUAAGCAAAAUAUGACAUUUGCGGAGAUUGAUGUAAGUAGAGAGAUUGUUUUGCAUUCCAAAACUUUAAAUUUUCAGAAAAAAAUAGCAAACGAAGAUCGGAUGGAAGAUGCGCGAUUCAGAUAUUCUCAACUCGCCAAGGACUGUGGUGAAAAAUGUGAACUGUUUGAUUAUUUGCCAAAGUUUUAUAAAAACGAUACCCAAACUUGGCGAUUUUUCGACGACCGUGGAUUUACGUACAUCACUAGUACCAAUCAUCUUUCAAUGCAUGGCUUAGAGCAUAUUAGAGAUGUAAUUAGAGGAAUUUGUAAUAAAAUGUGAAUUUUUAAAGUUUAUGCGUGUGUGUUGACCAUUUAAAAAAUUCAGGCAAAAAUGACUAGUUUGUGGAAUCGCUCAACUAACGGGAAUUAUUGAAAGUGUUUGCAAACCAAAGAAAAAUGUAAUUUGAAAAAAACAUUGCAUAUUUUUUCUUUUACAAAUUUCUCGAAAUAUUUUUCUUCCUUUUUAGGCUCGUUUAUAAUUAAUAGUGAAAAAUUGAUUACUUCCUUUUUCACAAACCCCUACACAGGCCCAAUACACAGCGCGAAAAGAUCAGUUCUUAUUCUUUAUGUGUUCAUUGAAACAAAAUAUGCGAUAUAAAUCUAUUUCAAAAAAUUUCUUACGGAAUUAUUUCCAAAUAGAACUAGAUUUUCCUGUGCCCGGCAAAAAUCGAAAUCUUCUUCAAAAAUACCUCCCAAAAAAGGGUAUCUUACAAACAAGAUGCCUAUCUCAGACUAUUGAACAUACUAUAUAAUAGUGAUGUGGAUAUUCAUUCUACGACUAAACAACGAAUAAAAAUGAGAUGAAAGACAAUUAAAUUCAAAUGUACGUUUAAAAAAAUUGAAAAUCUCGGCUUCAAUUUGAAAAUGUUUACAGAAGAUGAAACGGUUGGAUUUACAAGGAAUCCGUGGCCUGGCUAUUCUUUCAGUUCUAGGUUUCCACUUUUUCCCGAAAAUAUUUCCGAAUGGAUAUUUGGGAGUUGAUCAAUUUUUCGUUCUCUCUGGAUUUCUUAUGUGUAUGUUAUUAUCAAAAAGUGAGAAAACUAAACAAUCAACAUUUGAACUUAUCAAAACGUUCUAUAUUCGAAGACUCCGGCGGAUUCUUCCUCUAUAUUAUCUAAUUAUUUUUCUAUCCCUGAUAUUUCUAUACCUCAUUUUUCCGGACACUGCAAUUGAGACUAAUGAAAAAUCCGCUGAAAGUGCCGUGUUUUUCUUGUCAAAUCGAAUAAAAAGUGAUGAUGAGAAUUAUUUCGAAAUGCUUUCAAUUGCUGUCGAUAUUUUCACACAUACUUGGUCACUUUCAGUUGAAAUUCAAUUUUAUUUCGUAGCUCCAUUUAUAUUUUUACUUCCAUUCAGAAAAUUAUCACUGGUUAUUUUAUCAAUCGGAAGUAUUGUCUAUUUUUAUUUUCUACCAAGUAGCUCUGCAUUUUUAAGUGUAUUUUCGAGGAUUUGGCAAUUUUUAUUAGGAAUGUUAGCAUACAUAAUGACUGAAUAUUCAUACAAAUGUGAGGAAUCUAAUAAGCUGGUCGAAAAUUCUGAAGAAAAUUUAGAAAUGUCAACAGAGGAAUUCACUGAUCUAGCCAAAUAUAAACCAUAUUUUAUGGAAUCGGCUUCAAAAUUAAGUUUUGCUAUGACGUUUAUUGUGAUUUUUAUCACAUUCAACCAUCUUAUUCUGCCAGAAGAAAUCGCUAGGUACUAAAGAAUAUAAUAGGAAAAAUUAGAAAAAAAAACAAUCAAUAUUUCAGACCAUUUCUCACAUUGUCCACUUUUGGAAUUCUUAUAUUUUCAAAUGGUGAUGACAAUAAACUUCUUUCAAAUAAAGUUCUAACUUAUAUCGGUGACAUUUCGUAUGCUUUAUAUUUAGUACACUGGCCUAUUUAUUCAUAUUGGAAGCUUACUCAGAAUGGGAAUAUUAUUAGUCUGUUUGAAUCAAUAAUUCUUUCAAUUAUAUUAGCGAUAGCAAUUUAUCACUUUUUCGAGAAAUGGUACAUAAGCUUAUCAAAUCAACAUGUUGCAAUAUUGAUCGUUUUCAUCUUCUUAUUAAAUAUGAGGAUCAUCCAUAAUGAUUUAAUCAAGCCAUUUUUCAACAAGCAAGUAAACCUUCCGGAUUUUAGUAAUCUAGAUGGUGAUACUUCAAAUCUGACACUGAAUGAUGCUGAAAACUUGAACUAUGAUUGGAGUGUUCAUGAUGAUCAAAAUUUGGUGCUUGACAAAUGUAAUUUUGAUUAUUCAAGACGUUGGUGUAGAAUCAGUGACUUCGAAAAUAACACAAAGAACUUGGAACCAAAGUACAAAAUAAUGGUGAUUGGUAAUAGUUGGGCCGCAAAUCAUAGAAAACUAAUAUACCAGGAAUGUGGAUACAAAGCAAAAAUAAUAAUUAUUGGAUCAGCUUAUGCAUGUGAACCGCUCUAUCCAUCAGAUGAGUCGGAUGUUUGUAAGCAUAAUGUGACUGAUUUUCAAAAACACGUCGAAGAAUUCCAGCCGGAUUAUCUUUUACAUGUUACCAGGUUGGACACAAAUAUCGAAAACGUGUAGCAAACAAAUUUCUCUUAACAGGUUCUUUUCAUACGGAAAUCCAAUAAAUGGCGAAUUGAAGAAAGAUCCAACUUACAACUACAUGCUUGAUCGAGCCAGAAUCCUAUUGAGAAGUAUCAAGAAAAAGUUUUUCAUUUUGGAUGCGAUUGCAAGAGUUAAUGGUGGAGAAGUUGGAAAGAUUGUGAAACAUAUUAGAAACGGCUUGUCAUUUGAAGAAAUAGAUGUUGGUUGAAUAUUGAACAAUUUUGAGUGUUCAAAAAAUUCCAAACUUUCAGAAAAGGUUAGUCGACGAGGACAACUACAAAAAUGCGCGAAUAAGAAAUUCUCAACUCGUGAAAGAUUGCGGUGAAAAAUGUGAAUUAUUUGAUUAUCUCCCAAAAUUCUAUCGAAAUGACACGAAAACUUGGCGAUUUUUUGAUGAUCGUGGAUUCAGCUAUUUUUCAAGCCCUAAUCAUUUAUCACUUCAUGGUUUAAAUCAUAUCAGAGAUGUAAUUAGAGGGGUUUGUGCGAAAUUGUGAUUUUUGAUAAUAAUAAAAAAUAAUCAUGACGCGGUCGGGGAAAAAUGAAGAAAAUAAGUAGAAAAACACAGCUGAAAAUCUUAAUAAUGCGAAUUAGAAGGAAACGACCAUCAACAAGCUCAGAAGUCAAUAAAAACUGUUCAAAAAACAAGAGUUGGAAUUCAUUAUCAAGAUAUAACCACCAUUUUUCAACAAUAUCCAUAACCCGCUAACUAUGAAAACUAAUUUUCAGAAAAAUCUCUUUUGGUCCCGUGUCAAUGAAAUCCCUCCAAAUUUCAAUUUAAAAAAGUUGGGAAAUGAAACACAAAACAUAAGAUAGAAAUCAUCUUCAAAUCAAGUAUAGGAUUCAGGACCACGUCUACUAUUUUAGUCUUCAGUCUAUUACAAAUUAGACACAUUAUUUCCGGGGCCAAGAACAUUACAGAAAAACACAAAAGCACUCCUCGAAAGAGAUCCUGUCGUGUGUAAGAUGUUAUCUCUUGUACAUACUAUAAAUAGCAUCAAAACAAGCAAUUUAUGAGUGCACUAUGAAUAACGAUGAAACUGAAGAAAAGUCAGAUAUUGGUCUCAUUUUUCAACCACCAAAAGUAGGUUUGCAAAAUUUCUCGAUGUUUCGUAUUGAAAUGGUUUUCAGAAUGUGAAACGUUUGGAUUUGCAAGGAAUCCGUGGCCUGGCUAUUCUUUCGGUUCUAGGUUUUCACUUUUUCCCAGAAAUAUUUCCAAAUGGAUAUUUGGGAGUUGAUCAAUUUUUUGUGCUUUCUGGAUUUCUUAUGUCCAUGUUAUUAUCAAAAAGUGAACAAGCUGAUAAAUCCUCAUUUGAACUUAUUAAAAAUUUUUAUAAUCGACGACUUCGACGGAUACUUCCUCUAUACUAUUUAAUUAUCUUUUUCUCGCUACAAUUUCUCUAUUCAUGGUUUCCGGACACAUCGAUCGAUACGAAUGAAAAAUCAGCUAGAAGUGCCUUGUUUUUUCUAUCGAAUCGAAUGAAAACAAACAAGGAAAGCUAUUUCGAAAUGCUUUCAGUUGCAAUCGAUAUUUUCACACAUACUUGGUCACUUUCAGUUGAAAUUCAAUUUUAUUUUCUAGCUCCAUUUAUAUUUCUUCUUCCAUUUAGAAAAUCAUCGUUGAUUAUUCUGUCAAUCGCGAGUAUUAGCUAUUUUUAUUAUUUACCAAAGAGUUCCGCGUUUUUGAGUGUAUUUUCGCGGGUCUGGCAGUUUUUGUUAGGAAUGUUGGCCUACAUUUUGAGUGACAGCCAUAAAUCGUAUGCAUUAUUAGAAAAUUCGGAAGAACCACAUUUACAGGAACACCCAACAAUUGAGAAGAAAUUAUAUUUAAUAGAGCCAAAUUCGAAAUUAAGUUUAUUAUUGACCAUUUUCGUGGCUUUUAUCACAUUCAACCAUCUCUCCGUCUCUGAAUACUAUGUGAGGUAUCGCAAGAAAAAAUCAUCACAAAAAACACAAAUUUUUCAGACCACUUGUAACAGUUUUCACCUCUGCUAUUCUAAUAUUUUCAAAUGGUGAGAACAACAAACUACUUUCAAAUAAAUUUAUAACUUAUAUCGGAGACAUUUCCUAUACAUUAUAUUUGAUACAUUGGCCAAUUUAUGCUUACUGGAAGAUUACACAGAAGGGAAAUUUUUUGACUUUGUGUUAUUCUAUAACUUUUUCAAUAUUACUUGCGAUUGUGAUUUAUCACCUUUUCGAAAAAUGGUAUAUAAGUUUAUCCAACCAAAAUGUUGCUAUACUGAUCGCAGUUCUUUUGUUGGGAAACAUGAAAACUAUGUACACUGAUUCGAUUAUCAAGCUGUUCAGUGACCAGCAAAAUCUUCUAGAUUUCAGUAACCUUGAUGGUGAUACUUCAAAUUUGACUCUAACUGAUGCAGAAAAAUUGAACUAUGAUUGGAGCAUUCAUGACUGGGAAAAUUUGCUUUUUGAAAAAUGCGAUUACGAAGAUACAAAACCACUGGGUUGGUGUAAAAUCAAUGUACUUGGGAAACUUGGUGUGUCAAAUACAACGACUCCGAAGUAUAAAAUAAUGGUUAUCGGAAAUAGUUGGGCAGCAAAUCACGCAAAACUUAUCUAUCAGGAAUGCGGAAACAAUGCAAAAGAAAUGACUAUUGGCUCAGCAUUUGGCUGUGAACCGCUCUAUCCAUCAAAACAGUCAGAAAUGUGUCAGCAAAAUAUUAUAAGUUUUCAAAAACAUGUUGAAGAAUUCCAACCGGAUUAUGCUAUUCACAUCAGCAGGUAUAAUGAACUUAUAGGCUUUAUCGAUGAAAAAUACAAUUUUCAGAGAUAUUUCAUAUGGCGAUCCUAUUCAUGGAGAUUCGAAGAAUGAUCCGAUUUAUAGUUACAUGCUGAAUCAACUAAAAAUCCUGUUGAAAAACAUCAAGAUAAAACUGUUCAUUCUGAAUGCGAUGCCAAGAACUAAUCCUGGAGAAGUUGGAAAAAUCGUGGAAAAUAUUAGAAAAAAUCUGACAUUUGCGGAGAUUGAUGUUGGUCGCAAUAAAGAUCAAUUUUAAUUGAAAUUCGAAAACUUUCAGAAAAAAUUGGUCAGCGAAGACACAUCCAAGAGAGCGCGGAUAAGGUAUUCUCGACUGAUGAAAGAUUGUGGUGACAAAUGCGAACUUUUCGAUUAUCUUCCAAAAUUCUAUAGAAAUGACACGAACACUUGGAGAUUAUUCGAUAAUCGAGGAUUUAGCUACUUUUCAAGUCCUAAUCAUUUAACAUUUCAUGGUUUAAAUCAUAUCAGAGAUGUAAUUAGAGGGGUUUGUCAGAAAAUGUGAUUUAAUGACUGUAAUAAAAUAGGUAUUUACUGAUUGUACUAAAAUGCUGGAAAACAACCGAAAUUUUUAAAACACCUCGCUAGAUUACUUUUUAAAAUCCGGAAAAAACCCCGAAAAAACAAAAAAAAGUGAAAAAAAAACAAAAAACCAAAUUUCCGCAUUGAAAAUGCGCAAAAAACGAAGCUUGGCUUUGAGAAUCAGCUGAAAAGGCUCUAGAGUUGAAACUAAACCCUAGUUUCACGUCGGAACGCUCAAAAACCGAGCAAAAACUAAGAAAACCCCGGAGAAACUGAAAAAAACUGAAAAACAAAAAAUGAAAUUCAAAUCUUCGCCAGCGCGGAUCGCUACGAGACCAUGGUACUGUAACACACAUGUCGACUGUGUGUAUAUUUACGGAAUUUUUUUUUCGGGUCUUCUCGGCCAUGUGUUUGGAGAAAAAAUCAAUAAUUAUCGUUUUUGUUGUUUUUUUUAGUAUUUUCUUCCGGAUUUGAGUGCUCGAAUUUUCAGAUUGUCUUCAGGGAAAUGGAAUGAACAACCGAUUGCUGAUUUAAGUGAGUUUUUCGGGAAACAUUUGAGAAAUGAUUAGAUUUUGGUUAGAAAAUGGAUUGUAGUUUUUAUAUUUUUAGAGGGUAAGAGGGUGGGGUUUCGAAAAAGGAAAAUUUCGAAGAAAGGUCAUGACAUUUGGGGUGCUAACAGAUGUAUGCACCAGAUUUUUUGGAUUCUCAAAAAAGUGAAAAUAAAAAAAAACUGUACACGCGAAAUUUUUAAAAAAUUUAAUUUUUAUUUUGAAAUUAUUUUCAUUUUGUUUUAUUUUUUAUUGAAUUGUUUUUACAACUUCACCGUUUAAUAUAUAACAAAGAUUUCCUCGUUUUCCUCCAAAGAUCAACGAACAAAGCACACAGCAUGACAAAAUCAGACAAAUAUUGUGUAAUUUUACGCCACACAUAGUUUGGUCACUCUUAUCAAAAAGAACAAGAACAAAAUUUUAUAAAUUUUUUAUAUAUAAAUAGAAAUAGAAAUUUAUUGCACUCAAAAAAGUACUCAAUUUGAGUUUUAAAAUGAUUUUUGUAUUAUUUAUCACUUUACUAUCAAUUUAUCUCUUUCACCAAUUAUAUUGGAAGCGUCGAAAUCUUCCACCAGGUCCAAUGCCUUUACCAUUAGUGGGAAAUAUGAUGGAGAUGUUGAAACCUCCUCCAGGAUUUGUGGCGUUUAACAGAUGGACCAAAACAUACGGUGAUAUUUAUACAUUUUGGCUUGGUUCAACUCCAUUUAUUUGCAUUAACUCCUACGAAACUUUGAAGGAAACAUUUAUAAAAGAUGGUGACACUUAUUCAGCAAAAUAUACGCAACCUUUUCAAGAAAAGUUUCGUGGUGGAAGUUAUGGUGUUAUCGAAACGAAUGGUGAAUUUUGGCGGGUUCAUCGACGAUUUGCAUUGUCGAAUUUGCGAGAUUUCGGGUUGGGUAAAGAUUUGAUGCAGGAGAAGAUUUUGAUUGAGGUUCAAGAUAUGAUUAAGAAUUUUGAUUCGAGUAUUGGAUCGGACUUCGAUAUCACCAUGCAAUUUUACAACGGUGUUGCUAAUGUUAUUAAUCAAGUUACUUUUGGAUAUCGAUUUGAGGGAGAAAGAUACCAGGAUUUUGUAAGACUUAAGAAUCUUAUCGAUUGGCAGAAGACAGCGUUCAAUAAUAAAUAUGUGGUUAUAGAAAAACAUAUACCAGCCCUUGGAAUUUUCUUGCCAGGAAAACGGCUGCCCGAGUUGUAAGUCAUUUUAAAAAAAUUACGAGAAAAUUAUCCAAAUUUAUUUCAGGAUGGCUAGCUUCCGCGCGGAUUUCUAUGGCUUCUUCAAUGAGCAAAUCAAAAGACAUCGCUCUAAAAUCGACUUCGAUUCAGAGGAAAACAAUGAUUAUUGUGAGGCCUAUCUCAAAGAGCAACGAAAAAAAGAGGCUGAAGGAGAUUUUGAAACAUUUUCCAAUGUACAGUUAUCAAAUAUGUGUAUGGAUAUUUGGUUUGCUGGAUUGGUAACAACUACAACUACAGUAUCUUGGGCAUUUGCAUAUCUUUUGAAUGAUUCAGAAAUCGAGAGAAGAAUUAAUGAGGAGCUUGAUAGAGUGAUUGGGAGCGAUAGACUUAUCACAACUUCCGACAAAAAUUAUCUGCCAUUUAUAAAUGCUUUUAUCGCAGAAACUCAAAGAUGCGCAAAUAUUGUGCCACUUAACACAUUGCAUAAAACUACAAGGGAUACAACAAUCAAUGGUUUUCCGGUGAAAGCUGGAACUGGAGUGAUUGCUCAGAUUAGUACAGUUAUGAUGGAUGAAAAAGUGUUUCCGAAUCCUGAGAAAUUCGAUCCAACAAGACAUAUUGAUAAGGAAACUGGGAAGUUUAGAAAACUUGAUGAGAUGUUACAAUUUUCGAUUGGGAAGCGACAGUGUUUGGGAGAAGGAUUGGCGAGGAUGGAAUUGUUUUUGUUUAUUUCGAAUUUUUUGAAUCGAUAUAAGGUGAAUAGCAAAUUAGAAAAUGAACUUAAACUUCAAAAAAGUCUCAAUUUCAUACUCAGAAAAUGUAAAAAAUUCCAGAUAAAAAACUAAAGCUAGAAUUCCAGAAUUUACAAAACCUUCUAGAUUUUCUGAAAAAAAAUCCUAAAAACUCACAGAAUCCAAAUAAUUCCCAUCUGACAUUUUCAAAUUGUUUUUUUCAUCCGACCAUUUCUAGCUAAAUAUGACUCAAGAAAUAAAUUACAAGAUCAAAAAUUCAAAAAAAAAAUGUUUUUUUUUAACAAAAAAAAUGAAAAUGGGGCAUGACGUGGAAUAAAAAAAUAUAUUUUUGAAAAAACGUGAAAUUCUUUUCGAAAAUCUGUAAUUUUCAUUUUCCAGAUACAAGUUGACAAGAUUCCAAUAAUCGAUAGAACAAUAGACCCGACAGUAACACCAAGACAAGUUUUUGGAAAAAUUCAAAAGCGAUACCUUUAA